AUGGAGGCCGUCCAGAAGUCCAUAGCAGAGUUAACGGAGUCUUUCAACACAACAAUGGCAGACUUUCAGAGCCAAAUUGACAAGGCUACUCCAGAGAGUCCCACAGUGUUAUCUGUUGCGGCACAGUUCAGUGCUUUCCGAGCGUUUACACUGAAGGCAAUCAAGUCACUGCAGCAACAGGUCGAGCUGCUGGGCCAGCAAAUGGACAGUAUGGAGAUGCGGUCGAGGCGCAAGAUCCUCUUAAUUCACGGUGUAGCAGAGGCUGCUAAUGAAGACACUUCGGCACGGGUUGUGGAUUUACUGAAGGUGCAUCUUAAGGCUGACAUGUCCACCGACAAGAUUGCUCGGAGCCAUCGUAUGGGACGCCCGCGCAGUAAUAAGACCAGGUGCAUUCUCGUUAAAUUUAGGGACAUUUCUGACCGCAAUGCCACCUGGUCUGGAAAAACUGCACUCAAAGGGACUGGCGUCAUCAUCUCAGAGUUCCUGACCAAGCCUCGGCACGAGGUGUUCAUGGCGGCCAGGGAGCGCUUCGGAGUCCGCAACUGCUACACCCGGGAAGGCAGUGUAUUUGUCCUGGUCAAGGAUGGGGAUCGUCGCCGCGUAACUUCUCGAGCCGACCUAGAUGAGAUCGAGGUACCACCGUCUGCGCCUGCGCCGGCUGCUGGAGCUGAUGGUUUGGCUGGAGUGGCAGUUGAUCAACAGUUGACCAAAAGAUCGCGUAAACCGGCAGCUCGUUUUUGA